AUGUCCCGCGCGGCGAGCGAGAAUGUGGAGUGCACGCUGCGCAGCCUGAGCAGCCUGAUGGGCGAGCGGCGCCGCCGGCAGCCCGAGCCCGGCGCGGCCAGCCCGGCCGGCGAGCGCAGCCUCCUGGCGGCCGCCGAGUCGAGCGCCAGCCUGCAGAGCGCGGGCGCGGGCGGCGCGGCCGAGCUGGAGCGCGCGGCGCGGCGCCAGUUCCAGCAGGGCGAGACCCCCGGCUUCGUGUACGUGGUGGCCGCCUUCUCGGCGCUCGGCGGCUUCCUGUUCGGCUACGACACGGGCGUGGUGUCGGGGGCCAUGCUGCUGCUCAAGCGGCGGCUGCGCCUGGACGCGCUGUGGCAGGAGCUGCUGGUGUCCAGCACGGUGGGGGCGGCCGCCGUCGCGGCGCUGGCCGGCGGGGCCCUCAACGGCGCCUGCGGCCGCCGCGCCGCCAUCCUGCUGGCCAGCGCGCUCUUCGCCGCGGGCUCGGCCGUGCUGGCCGCCGCCGCCUCCAAGGAGACGCUGCUCGCCGGCCGCCUGAUCGUGGGCUUCGGCAUCGGUAUCGCGUCUAUGACUGUUCCUGUGUACAUCGCCGAGGUCUCUCCACCCAACCUGAGAGGCCGGUUGGUCACCAUCAACACCCUCUUCAUCACUGGGGGCCAGUUCUUUGCAAGUGUGGUUGAUGGAGCCUUCAGUUAUCUCCAGAAGGAUGGAUGGAGGUACAUGUUGGGCCUGGCAGCCAUCCCAGCUGUGUUACAAUUUUUCGGCUUUCUCUUUUUGCCUGAAAGUCCUCGAUGGCUCAUUCAGAAAGGACAGACCCAAAAGGCUCGCAGAAUUUUAUCUCAGAUGCGUGGUAACCAGACCAUCGACGAGGAAUACGAUAGCAUCAAAAACAACAUCGAAGAAGAGGAAAAGGAGGUCGGCUCAGCCGGGCCUGUGAUCUGCAGAAUGCUGAGCUACCCGCCGACCCGCCGGGCUCUGAUCGUGGGCUGUGGCCUCCAGAUGUUCCAGCAGCUGUCUGGCAUUAACACCAUCAUGUACUACAGCGCAACCAUUCUGCAGAUGUCUGGCGUGGAAGACGACCGGCUGGCCAUAUGGCUGGCCUCCGUGACGGCCUUCACGAACUUCAUUUUCACCCUCGUGGGAGUCUGGCUUGUGGAGAAAGUGGGCCGCAGGAAGCUUACCUUUGGUAGCUUAGCAGGCACCACCGUGGCCCUCGUCAUUCUGGCCUUGGGGUUUCUGCUGUCAGCUCAGGUCUCCCCACGCAUCACUUUCAGACCAGCGGCUCCCUCAGGCCAGAACACCACUUGUACAAGAUACAGUUACUGCGAUGAGUGCAUGCUGGAUCCAGACUGCGGCUUCUGCUACAAGAUGAACAGAUCCACUGUCGUCGACUCCUCCUGCCUUCCUGUCAAUAAGGCAUCCACCAGCGAGGCAGCCUGGGGCAGGUGUGAAAAUGAAACCAGAUUCAAAACAGAAGAGGUGUUUUGGGCUUACAAUUUCUGCCCCACUCCGUACUCCUGGACUGCUCUCCUGGGCCUCAUCUUGUACCUUGUUUUCUUCGCCCCUGGAAUGGGACCAAUGCCUUGGACCGUGAACUCUGAAAUAUACCCGCUUUGGGCGAGAAGCACAGGAAACGCCUGUUCAUCAGGAAUAAACUGGAUUUUCAACGUCCUGGUCUCUCUGACAUUCCUGCACACAGCGGAGUACCUUACGUACUAUGGCGCCUUCUUCCUCUACGCCAGCCUAGCCGCCCUGGGCCUGGUGUUUGUCUACGGCUGUCUUCCGGAGACCAAGGGCAAGAAGCUGGAGGAGAUUGAAUCCCUCUUCGACAGCAGGCUGUGCACGUGCGGCGCGGCGGACUCUGACGAGGGGCGGUACAUCGAGUAUAUCCGGGUGAAGGGCAGCAACUACCACCUCUCUGACAACGACGCCUCUGACGUGGAGUAGCUCAGCUGCUACGUGCGGAGAACAGCAGUGGUGACCUCGCGACCCCGCCUCUGAUCUGGCUCUUUCCGGUCUAGUGCUGAGUGGCUUCGGGUUCUAGAGUACUUGAUGUAGGCGGAAGAUACGACCAGGGUGACAUCGUUUCUUUUCCCCACAAGAUACGUAAAAACAAAAAAUCCACCGAGAUUUCUGCCUAACAGUUGUUACUCAGAUCCGUGCACUUGCUUCCCUUAGUCCAGAAUGAAUACCGUACCCACUGGCUUCAGUGCUACACCACCUGUCUGCCCCCACGGCCACGCACUUCUCAGUGGCCACAGACCCAGUGACAGACAUGUGUCAGUGAGGAAUUGGCGUUGUACCCACACACACACUUCCUGAGGGGCAGCGCUCCCUGGGAGCGGCUGAUACCCAGCGGCAGGUGCAGAGAGGGCUCCCACGUCUCUCGUUCCCAGUCCAGGUCCCGGGGCCCCUCUCAGUGCAGAAGUGGACUGUGCACGGGAGCUUGGGAACAGGGCGCACAGCAGGUCUCGCAGGAGUUUCUCCAUCAGCGAUAAGCACACACUUGCACACACUUGCCAGGAAGGAAGGAAGGAAGGAAAGGGGGCCCUGGAUGGGUCAGUCACCCACACAUGCACCCGGCAGUGUCGGCCGACGCUGUUGUGACCUGUGUUUCCGGGCCGGCUUUGGUUCCCCGCCAGAAUCCUACCUUCACCCGCUGUCUGGAGCCCUGCUCGCCGUGCCUGCCGUUGGCUGCCAGCAGACUGUGUCCCCUUCCAGUCAGACGUGAAUCUCUGAAGCCAAACACAGGAAGGAAAUCGGCAACAGAAAUAAUCCUGUUACUGAUGGUUAAGUACCAGAGUGGGGCUUGGUUUCUUCCUGAGUCUCUUAAAUCUUCCUAAGGGGAUUUUAGUUCUCAAUUGUCUUCUUUUUGUAACUUAAGAACAUAGCCUAAUUUUUAUUUUGCACACUUUUUUCCUUUUACCCUGAGAGUUUGCCAGAGAGAGAGAGAGAAAGAGGGAGAGACUGACAGAGAGAGAGACUUAUCUCUGUUUCCUCAUGCUUGGUUUAGGUUUUUUUUCCCUUACUUGCGUAAAAAUUGCGAUUUUACAGUGUUAUAAAGUAACAGUUGUAACAUAGGACACGUCUCUAAGAAAUGUGUGUGUUCUACAUUUCGGCAAGACUUGCCGUGUAUCCUCUGCACCCAUCGGUGAAUUCUUGAUUUCUGCCUCUCUGUUAAGCACGGUGUGGCGGGCACAGGCGCUGCUGUGGCAGCGGGAAGGCAUCCCUGCGCGGCGUCUGAAUGUGGCUCUGAGCUCCGCAAGGUCUCUCUCGGAGGGAAGAGGUGGUGCCUCUGGCUUCAGAGCGUGUCUGGCAGCCGGUUCACGUGCGGCAUGUUCCUCUCCCAGCCAUCAAGCUGAGAACACAGCAAGGAGGCUCACCCUCCAGGCCCCCAAGGCACUGCAAUGGUCGCGUUAGUGCCCUGACCGCUGGACUAAAAGACAAGGUUUCCUCCCUUGGUAAUUCCAUAGAAUUAAAAACCCAGUUAUUUAGGGUGUUUCCCCCUUGAAUUAGGUGCUUUGACAGUUGUUUCUAAGGGGAUAUUACCAUUUUCCCCCAGACAAGCAGAUGCGAUUUAAUACAAAAAAAAUUAUUUCUUAUCCCAUAAGGAACUUUUUAUCUGUGUAAUAUUUUAUACAGGUAAAACAAAAUGGAAACUAUUGUGUGGUACAAUCACAGUGCAAUGAGGAGAAAAGUACUUAGAACAAUUAAGUGCUGUCUUUAAAAAUUUAUUUUUCUGAUUUAUCCAAAUGAUUGCCUCAAUUCUUACCUUAUUGUAUCUCUAGCCUUAACUUACUCCUGUCCUCAGCUGGGCUGAUGCACGGAGCUUUAUCAAGGGAGCGACUAAACACGGCCUGUUCUCCCCGACCUAAGCAAACGAUGCUUAUAGCUCUGUCCUCGUAAAUGCAGAGAACAGAGAAAAUCGGCCACAGUUCUCUUCCCCGUUCUCCUGCACCACUUCUGUAAAGCACUAUUUGUUAUUUAUAUAGUGAAAAAUACUCCAUAGAGAGAGAGACACAGUAGAAAAAUUAUUUAUAACUUUUUAAAAACAAAUAAUUACUUGAAAAAGAACCUUAUAUAAUUAGGGUAUUAUUUUUGGAUUUGGUGAGCAUUUAUAGUAUAUAAAAAAAAUCAAACUUUUCAGGUUUUUUUAUAUUGCACACCUCCUUCAGUUCUCCGCAUCUUUGGCUGCCGCUAUCAAUCAUCCCGCUGCAAAUACCAGCACACAUCUUACCUGCAGUGAGAAGUUUAUACAGGGCGUGACGGAACCAGGCGCCACGGCCUCAGCUGUGGCGACGGGUCUCCUGAGUGCUGCCACCGUGCCAGAGGCGCACUGUGUUCCAGGAAAACGCAGGGGAAGGCCACCGUUCCUGCCGAGGCUCGGCGGGCGGUGGUUCUGUGAUACUUGAGAAAGGUGCAGCUUGAUGUAAACGUUGCUGACACUGUGGACUGCUGCACUUUGGUCAGCACCCUAAACAGAAGUAUUUUUAAUGUAAGGUGAAAGACCUAAAUAAUAAACAGAAGGUAGCAUUUCCAUUUGAAAGUCUCUUCCCAGCCAUAUGCAAUAGGCGGUUCCUGGAGAAUGCUACUGAAUGCUUCUUCAGAAUUUAUCACUGACCCAGACUUUAGUACAUAGGAAUCUAGAUAUUAUUUCAGGUUAUUUACUCUAAAAUGGGAAAUCACUUAAAACAAGGCAUUCGUAAGUUUUCAGUGUGAGUUCAGUGUCUGUUAUACAUGGCAGGGAUCAUCAGGGAAAGCAUAGAUUUAUAACCUAACUUCUUGAUUAUUUAUAGCAAAGUCAAAGUGAAAUCCAAGGUCGGGGGGGGGGGUUAUGUUUCAGAAACACUAUCUAUGUGCUAUUUAAGAAAUUCUCAGAAUUUAUUGACAUGCAUAUAGCUUAUUAAUACUGUGAUGCAGUGGAGAACUGGAAGAUUAUUUUGAUUUUCUUUCACUGAUGUAGACUUUAUUAGCAAAAAAAUUAUACCAUAUUUCAAGUUAUAAUAUAUCAGAUUAUACUAGUACCUAACAGCUGAUUUUAUUCCAUUGUCAUUAUUUCCAUUGCCAAAUUCUGACCUUUGCACUAACUAGGAACAAAAGAGCUUCGUGACAUACCAGGCUAGGGUUUGAGCAUCGUCGUGUGUGCUCUGGAGCGAACUGUGUUGGAGCACGGGUACAAUAGCUGCUGUCUCUGAGGGACUCAGAAUCGCUCCCUGCAUUCCCUUCUGUGUCCCUUUCUAUCCCUCUCUCAGCCUCACUUAGGGCAGAGUUAAGUUGAUUGGCUGGAGGGGUUCCGGUUGCAACAUUGUGUGAACUGUCAGAACAUUCAGUUCUUCAGGGUGAGCAACACCGCUGCUAUCCUCACAAAUAGCAAUCAUUUCAUAAUGCCACACAGCAAACUGCUGCCAACCCCUGCCUGUGUGUUGUCCCUUUACAGAAUGGAGUGUUUAUGUGCCAGUGACCACCAGACAGGUGUUCUGUACGAGUGCUAGGCUCAGAAGGACACAAGAGUACCCACCUUCUCAUUGGCUCGUGAGCGUACAACGAUGUCAUUCCUGAAAAUCUUUACAUCAAAUGCAGUCUGCUGUACUGGAGUCAUUUGUUCACUACCGUCAUCUGCCAGUGAUGUCCCGAACUUUGCUUUAAACAACUGUUCAUAUGUUUAAUUUCCUUGUAUAAAUGAGAAAAGGAGAUGGACCAUGCAGCUAACCAGUACCUUAAAUUAAAAACCAGUAUUUUGUAAAGCUGUAAAAUUUUAGUCCUUUCCGUAUCACUCCAUCUCCCUCACAAGCUAAAGAAGAUGUAGCCCAAGCAGACGUUCGAAUGCUACUUGUGCAGACCGAUUCCUGGCAGCACUUGGACUCGGACUCAAUGCUAUCCUUUUAUUUGUGAUAAAAUGUUCAAAUUCCUGGUGAGAAGCUCUAGUGUACAUCUAGAUUCAAUCCAAACAGUUCUAUGCUUUAAAAAUAUAUGUAUUUCAAACAGCAUAUUUUAGUUUCUGAGUGCACGUUCUAUAGUAUGUUCUUCACAUGUCCUGGCCAAUUCAGUACAUUUGUUCCCACACACGAUGUAUGGAAUAGCUCUUACAAACUCUGACCGUGGACCAUUGCCAUCAAAGUCAUCCUAGCAUACGCUGUAUCAAAAGUACCGUAUAUUUUAUGGAGAUUUAGUGAUAUAUAUGUAUAUGUUUUUUAAGUUAUUUUAUUGAAGUUCAAUCUUUACAUAAAAUGUAAAUCUUUUUUUAAAGCAAAGUGUGAGUGACAGAACUGUAUAUGAAAAUAAUAAAAUAAAUGCUAA